GUUUGUGUGAGAUUUACAUUCCAAUGGACGAAAAUGGCUGUUGCAACCAACCCAACAACAAGUGGAAGUUGCCUCUCUUUGUUUUCAUCAAAGAUGCAAGGCAUGUUUUCAAGCUGGAUGCACUUUCUCGGGAGAUAUUAGGGAUUGCAUUCCCCUCAGCAUUGGCUGUUGCUGCUGAUCCCAUUGCUUCUCUGAUAGACACUGCAUUCAUAGGCCACUUGGGACCGGUGGAACUUGCUGCUGCAGGAGUGUCCAUUGCAUUGUUCAACCAAGCUUCAAGGAUUACCAUAUUCCCUCUUGUCAGCAUUACCACUUCCUUUGUGGCUGAGGAAGACACCAUUGAAAAGCUGAACAUCAAAGUAGCUGAAAAUGAUAAUAAUAAUAAUAAUAAUAAUAAUAAUAAAAAGGCUAAGUUCAGUGAAGUUAUUAUGCUUGAGGAUCAUAUGCUUCAAGACAUAGAAAAAUGUACACCCAAAGAGAAUAUUAUUGAGGCUCCAGAACGAUCUAUGGAGGGAAAAAAUGAAUCAAAGGAUCUCAUAGUGAAAAGUGUUGCACCUGAGGAUGUGGAAAAUAACGCUACUGGGAACAACGACACAAAAAUUGGAGAUGUUGCCAAUACAAAUAUAUGCAAAACUUCAUGGAUUACUAAUAGUAAGAAGAGUAAGGACAAAGUUGAAAAGAAGAAGAAGCGACGUAUUGCUUCAGCAUCAACAGCUCUACUUUUUGGCACAAUCCUUGGCCUCAUUCAAGCUGCAGUUCUCAUAUUUGCAGCCAAACCACUAUUAACCAUUAUGGGUCUCAAACGGGAUUCUCCUAUGUUGAAUCCAGCAGAGAAGUACUUAAGAUUGAGAUCAUUUGGGGCUCCUGCUGUUCUUCUCUCCUUGGCCAUGCAAGGAAUCUUUAGAGGGUUCAAGGACACGACAACUCCUUUAUAUGUCAUCGCUUCUGGAUAUGCAUUGAAUGUCGCAUUGGACCCAAUAUUUAUUUUCGUAUUGAAAAUGGGCAUCAAAGGCGCAGCCAUUGCUCAUGUUCUCUCUCAGUACGUGAUGGCAUUCACUCUCUUUUGGAUAUUAAUGAAAAAAGUGUAUCUUCUACCUCCAAGCUUAAAGGAUUUGCAGAUUUUCCGAUUUCUUAAAAAUGGAGGUUUUCUGAUGGCAAAAGUUGUAGCAGUGACAUUCUGUGUGACCUUGGCAGCAUCAUUGGCAGCAAGGCUUGGUUCAAUUCCCAUGGCUGCAUUUCAAACAUGCCUUCAAGUUUGGUUGACAUCGUCCCUUCUUGCAGAUGGUUUGGCUGUUGCUGUUCAGGCAAUUCUAGCAUGUUCUUUUGCUGAGAAAGACUAUAAAAAAACAACAGCUGCUGCAACAAGGACACUUCAAAUGGGUUUUGUUUUAGGAGUGGGGCUCUCUUUUGCUGUUGGGGUUGGAUUAUACUUUGGAGCUGGAAUAUUCUCCAAAAACAUUAAUGUUGUGCACUUAAUUAAAAUAGGCCUUCCGUUUGUGGCUGCUACUCAACCAAUCAAUUCAUUGGCCUUCGUCUUUGAUGGUGUCAACUAUGGAGCUUCUGAUUUUGCAUAUUCUGCAUACUCUCUGGUCUUGGUGUCAGUAGUAAGUGUUGCUACAGAGUUUCUUCUCUACAAGGCCAAACAUUUCAUUGGGAUUUGGAUUGCACUCACCAUUUACAUGACUCUUCGGAUGCUGGCUGGAGUCUGGAGGAUGGGAACUGCAACAGGACCUUGGCGCUAUCUGAGAGGCCAUUCAUUGCCUUAGGAUAUCUCUCUCAUGAGUUUAUGAGGGAAAUUUUGUCGUCCAUUAGUAAAUGUUCGAUCUGUAUCACAUUUUAUUGUAUUCUUUUCCCUAAACGUACUAUAUAUAUUUUUGUGAUUUUCUUUCUUACCUUAGACUGCCCCCAUUUAUACGUCCUAUCUUAUGUAUUCUA